CGGCCAGCUCUCGCGAGAGUUCCUGCGGCACAGGACUUCCAUCAUGGCAGGCAGUAAGUUGGGGCUGGAAGGAAGAGUAAGUGUGAAGAGCUUUAUCCUGGGACUCAGCGUGCUCGUGGUCCCGCUCAUCAGGACGUGGUUCGGACACUUGGACUGGGUGUUCGACUAUCUGACGGACACUCCGGGGAAAAUCGUGAUUUGCGUCCACGUAGCGGUUCUCAACGGCCUGCUGCUGCUGCUCUACAGAGGACCCCUGUACAAGGUCGCCGUGAGAGCCUGUUUCCUCGGAGUCACGUUCGGCUGUGGCCUGAUCAUCAGCUUCUCGGAAACCACUUGGACACACUUUGGCUGGUAUUUGUGCUCGCUGUCCUUCUUCCAUUACUCCGAGUACCUGGUGACGGCCAUCAUCAACCCUCGCAGCCUGUCGCUGGACUCCUUCCUCCUCAACCACAGUGUGGAGUACACCCUGGCCGCCAUCUCGUCAUGGCUGGAGUUCACGGCGGAGAAGAUGGUGGUCCCAGAGCUGAAGCAGCUGAGCUGGCUGAGCUGUGCCGGUCUCCUCAUGGUGAUGUGUGGUGACGGCCUGCGGAAGGCGGCCAUGUUGACCGCCGGCUCCAACUUCAACCACAUCGUCCAGAACGAAAAGGCCCAGAGCCACGUGCUGGUCACCGACGGGGUCUACGCCUACUUCAGACACCCCUCCUACGUGGGCUGGUUCUACUGGAGCAUAGGAACUCAGGUGGUGCUGUGUAACCCGGUGUGCAUACUGGGCUACAUGAUUGCAAGCUGGCGGUUCUUCCGGGAGCGGAUCGAGGAGGAGGAGCUCUCUCUCAUCCACUUCUUUGCUGAGGACUAUGUGGCGUACAAGAAGAGGGUUCCCACUGGACUGCCCUUCAUCUCAGGCAUUCGUGUCAACUAGUCACAGCUGCUGGACGCGGGACGUAUCAGACUGACAGCACUAAAGCAGGUCCGACCCGGUGGCUGUGCGGCCGUGACCGCUGCCCUCCAGAGGGAAACCCUGCAGCUAGCUGAGAGCCUGUAGCUAACAGACAAAGACUGUGACAGCUGGGGCGGCGGCGGCGGCGGGCUGCUGUUUUUCUACCAACCUCCAAAAUCCAGUUAAAGACCAGAGAACCUCCCCCGUACCAGAUGAAUUCCAAUACCAUCCUCUCUAUCUGUUUGAUUGUGUUUCUGUUUGCAUGCUUUGAACUGCUGAGCUGUUGUGCACUGGGCCCUCUGGCCUCCUCCUUCAGCGGAGGGUGAAAUGACCCGUCACUGAAGUUUUAAAAGGAAAAUGUUCCAGUUCCACAAGAACUUAGGUUCAAUGGUUAUUUUCUACCGUUAUUAAUGUUUGCUACCACUACUCCUAGUUCGGUCAGAAAUCACUCCCCCUAAAUGUUCCCAAAUAUUUAAAAGAAGACUCCACAGCCACCCGCCGUAGUAGAGCUCUGUGUCGGUCUUCUCAUUAUCUGAUAUCCAAGAAUCCUCUCAGGACACGAGGUGAGUUGGGGUAAUAGUUGUUGAGCCCGUUGUACUCCCGCGGGUCUCAGAUCUGUAUGGAUCACUGACAAGAGGCCAGUGGAGACGUGUUUGUGUGGGUCUCUGUUUAGUUCUUAUAAGCAGGUCGGGUUCAAAUAGAUUGUUCACUGGUCUCCUGCAGUUCGUUAGGGAGUGUAGACCUCUUUAUCUGGACGCUGUUCAGGUUGACGUCUUCUCUUAGUCAACCUAUAUCACAUUGUCCACUGUACUUAUGACAGGUAUACCAAAGUUUUAGCUUGUUACUUUCACUCUACAUGGUGUUCAAACAUUUCAGCUUUGCAUCUACUAUCUACUUACUUACCACGUAAAAAGAGAGAGAGCUGGUUGAUGCGCUCAUGGUCUGAGAUGGGAGGAGUCCGGUUUAGAAAACUAGGACAUUUAUAUUAUCGUCAUUCCCUUCUCUGUUAAAGUCAGCAUCUUGGACCUGCAGAAAAAAGGUCAACUGCAGCAAUGGGGGUCGUCUGCCAGGCUCCUUUCACCAGGCUGUAGGACGAGUCACCCUCUCCUGGUCCUCAUGGAAGUCCUGUGGUGAUGAGCCUUCAGUCACAAAGGCAGUUUUCAAUUAUCUUAAAACAAAUAAUACCACAAAACCUUUUAACUACGAACUGCAUGUGCAUGUACCCCCCCGAGAUCUCCUCCUCCCUGAGGCCACAAGGUCAUCCAAUGCCCCUCAUAGCAUGAUAGCUGCUGUCACCUAACUGUUUGUGCUGAGCUACAGAGUCUUCUGAUUGCUACUAAACCCCCAACUCAGGACCAGCUUGACACAAGGCACGAAAAAUCAUUCAACCAAUUUAGUCAACGUUUUGACCAGUGGCACAAUCUACUUGCAGUCAGACUGUAUGCGAGUGUGUAUGUGGUCCGUGUGCAGUCUGAGUUUAAAGUGACACUCUUGUAGCAUACCUGUGAAGUGUUCUGUGUAUGGUUUGACAAUGAGACGACUGUAUGAGGCGUUAAGAUAAUGUGCUGACUGUUGCAGCAUGGCCCCUGAGUUGACCUUUGGAUAUGUUGCACUUUAACUGUAUAGAGUACAUUUAUCGUAGGCCUCUAAGCAGUUUGUCACUCCGACUUCAAACUGUUAGCUGAUUACUGUGUAUUAUUCACAAAGCAGAUUUUCUAAACACACUUGUGUGAAUUAAAAAGGCGGUUAUUAAG